AUGGCAAGCGAUGGACAAAUCCCCAAUGCAUCGCUCGAGACCCUCAGCUUUGCGGCCUUGGAGCAAAAGGAUGCCAAGGAAAUCAGCAAGCUGGCAGCAGCAAGUACCUCUGCCGGAUUUUUCUACCUAGAUUUUAAGGGUAGCAAGGUGGAUAAGCUGCCCGAAAUGAAGAGGGACCUGCUCAAAGUCAUGGAAAGUUACUUUAAUCAGCCUCUUGAUGUCAAGCUUCAGGACUACAAGGGGCAUUCAAAGAGAGGGCAAGUAUUUGUGAGAAAAGGGACAUUCUCGGGUGUUGAUCGCGAGAAACAGGAAGAAUCAUUUGAGCACCUCGCUAUUGGAUCGUACGACUUGAAAAUGAACGUGGCAGGUGCACUCCCAGCCCUUUUCCACGAAGCUGGCAAGCUUGUCCCAGAAUAUAUAGCUGCCUGCGAGCAUGUUGUUAGAAGCCUCCUCUCCUGUUACGGUUAUAUCCUAAAUAUGUCCGAAUCAGACCUGCAGAAGCACCACGACCAAAGUGUCGAGUCAGAAACUAUUCUUGCUCUGCUAAGCUACCCAGGCAGACUUACUCACCAGAAGCAUACUGACCUGGGCUCUCUGACUGUUUUGUUCAGUGACCAGUGGGGUCUACAGGUCUUUUCGCCCAGUACCAGUGGCUGGGAGUGGGUUGAGCCACGGGAGGAGCAGGCUGUUAUCAAUGUUGGCGACGGGCUGCGUUUCAUUUCGGGCAAGAAACUCUUCUCGUCCGUGCACCGUGUAGUUAGAGAGGGACGAGCUAGUAGUGAGGGCCACAGGUACUCGAUUGCUUAUUUGCUUCGUCCGGCAGACAACACCACUUUUCUAGAUGCCGAAGGGGUUGAGACUACGGCGAAGGAAUUGGCAGAGUCGAAGUAUAACAGUUAUGCGGCCAGCCAUGCCGAGCAGGAUAAAUCAUCAGUACUUAUGGGCGGAAUGGAGAAGACGUUUGGUGUACGUGUGUAA